AUGCAAGUGAAGACCAAGAAAGCGUUACACGGUGCGGAUUCUUCAUCCCUAGAAAAAGACUUUCCGGUCUCAAAGGAACUGGAGGUAUACGGCAAAACCAUGGCUGCUGCCCCUGCAAAUGUUAUUUAUUUGUCUACUAUUCUGGGCCAUGAUGGUCCUUUUCCUGUUCACAAAUGCGAUUGGAAAUGUCAAAACGAACAUGUUUGUGGCAACAUGUAUCGCUGCAAACUAACAGGGAUCACUCACAUCUGUGACAAGAAUUGUAACCAGAGAAUUUUGUAUGAUAACCAUAGUUCCCUUUGCCGGGCAAGCGGCCAGGUCUUUCCCCUCACUCAAGCCGAGGAACAGGCUGUUAGAGGCGUCAGGAGGAAGCUCGAUGUUGAUAAUUCCCCAUCCCCUGAUAGCUGUGGUUUUAAGCGCAGACGUGAUGCGCAGUUCCAUCCUUCUCCUUUCGAGAGAUCUUUCUCUGCUGUGAGUCCAAUCUGCAGCCAAGUCGGAGAUGGCAUGGAUUCGAACUAA